GAGCUGAGGGGCUAAAAUGAGGGACGCUGCUGUCAGAGGUUACACAUCAGCCAUUGCCUUCCAAACUGGUUUGACCAGUUAGGUUCUGAUGGGGUUCCUGGUGUCACUGGGCUGGCCUCUCCCCAGAGAUUGGCCUCCUCCUUUCCCUCCUCCCCUAUAAAGCCUCUUGGGGUUCCUAGGCACCCAGAAUCAGCCCACCCUUGGGUUUAGGGGCCAAGACAGCCAUGAUGCUCAACUGGAAGCUGCUGGGGAUCCUGGUCCUUUGCCUGUAUGCGGAAGGCAUCUCAGGCAGCGGAGACCACCCCUCUCUCCCACCCACGGAAGCUGGAGAGGAGGAGGGCUCCUCAGCAUUGCCUCAGGGCCCCCCAAUCCCUGGUAACCCCUGGCCAGGGGUACCCUCUCCCUUUGAGGACCCUCCACUUUCAGGCCCCAAUCGUCCCUGGAGAGACCUGCCUGAAUCUGGAGUCUGGCCUCCUGAGCCCCCCAGAACUGAUCUCCCUCAACCUCCCCAGCCUGAUGACCCCUGGCCAGCAGGACCCCAACCUCCAGAAAACCCCUGGCUGCCUGCCCCUGAGGUGGACCACAGAUCUCAGGAGGAGCCAGACCUUGACCCACCCCGGGAAGAGUAUAGAUAACAGGAUCCUGGCCUGGGCCUCCUGACGGGGUGCACUCAAGCCUGUCUACCCUUCCGAUUCCCCUUAAGUUCUCCCCAAUUGAGCCUAGCUCCUUACAUCCCUUCCUCAUUCCUUCAAUUUUAUUCUGGAAUCCUGAAGGUGUGAUUCUCACUGUUUUCUGUCCCUCCUGAGAUCUGUAUUUAGCCCCCGCAUUUCCCCUCCUUUUUUCUCCGACAGCUCAAGUGUACACCUCUACCACAAGCCCAGUAUCUGCCUCCCACCUCCUCUUCCUCACCCCUGGGGCUGCUGGGGCAGGGCUGGUAGCACUGUGCUGUCUGCUGCCACCUGGUGGCCAACAGGGGACAAUGAUGGUGCCUUCAUGAAAUCGAUAAAUAAAAACCAUGUUUUCUUAAUUUUGAAUCUAGGCAGCUCCUUUGCCAGUGUAGGAUUUGAAUAUUCAGAUGCCCUCUUCAGAGCUACUAACCUACAAAGAUCUGGAAGUAUUUGAGUUUCUUUUGUGCCCAUAUCCAAUAAGGUUGUGGAGCUCAGCAGGAAGGGUGUUGGAAAAGUAACUAUCAGAGCUACAAAGAAAUUCAGACCCACAUUUCUCCGGUUCUGGGACUCCUGUUUUGGAGAAUGAGAAACUAAGUUACGUCUCUCUUUAAUAGCUUAUGGUUUGAAUACUGCUGGCUGAACCUGAAAACUUUCCCAGGGGCAUGUGGGCAGGACCAAGUUUUAAGGGGAUCAAUUUCCAGAAGUAUAUAUGUCCCUUCCUAAAACGAAUCUGCCUGAGGAUUGUGUUCUCUUUUUCCACCUGCCUCCAUCAACAAGCCACUCUUCUCCCACUGGACAAAGGCCCAGCUUUCUCACACACCCAGAAUGCUCUUCCUGGAGCUGCCAAACAAAAGUCAAUGGGAAAAGAAAUAAGCCCUUUCCAUCUCAUUAAGAUAUACAUGUUCAAAGUACUUUUCUGUUUAAUCAUUGUCAAUAUUUGAAGUUUAGAUCAACUGUGUCUUGUAAUAAUUGUAAUUAUAAAUCCAUUGCAGAAUAACUGUUUUCAACACUUGGAGCUUUAUGGCCACAGGAAAUAAAUUUCAACUUACA